AUGGAAGCCGUCCUGUCGGAUGAUUCCUUGGAUGCAGCAAUAUUCGACACCCCAGCAGGCUGGGCUCGUGCCGUCACGGAGCCCCCUCCUGGUCCCUUGCAGCCUCUCGCAGACUUGAAGCCCCAGCAACAGAAGGGCUUGCAGUGGCGGCGGCGGAUGACCAACAAGCUCGUGCUCGAGCAUACCAGAUCAAAACUGGAGUUGGAAAGGCAGGAGAUCACCUUGCACGCCUCCGUGAGGGACCUCUACGAAAUUCAGGAAGCCGUGGGGCAGGGUUGCAUGGGCGUUGUCCACAAGGGCAAGCGCAAAUCUGACGGGAAGGCAGUGGCACUCAAGAUGCUACGAGUGGAUGAUGAGGAGAUGGGGCACAUCGUGAAAAGGGAAUACGAGACUUUGAGCUCCCUGACCCACCCGUACAUCAUCAAGGCAUUCGACUACUUCACCGAGUCCGGGCAGGCGGUCAUCGUUCUGGAGUACUUCCAAGGGGAGACUCUAACGCGAGCAGUCCGAACAUCCUGCGUGAAGACCGGAGGUCUCACGGAGGAGCAGGCAUGUUGCGUCUUCCAGAUGCUCCUGAGUGCAGUGGAAUACCUCCACGCUAGACAUAUCAUUCAUCGCGAUAUCAAGGGCGACAAUGUGCUUGUGAGUGCAGACUUCAAUGAUCUUCGGCUCAUUGACUUCAAUGUAGCUGGAAGGCUUCUUGAAGGAGAUUCUCUGACGGUGACCGGUACGCAGGAGUAUUGGCCACCCGAACUUUUCCGAGACCUGAGUACCCGCAGCAUAUGGGAGGGGGCAAACAUGGCUGGUGGGAAGGCUGGUGACAUUUGGUCUGCGGGACUUUGUUUGCAUCUGCUGAUGAUCGGCCAGCUUCCUAAGCGAGCCGCAGACUUCAAGAAUGCAGAUGCCUUCAAGGAAGCCGUUGUGACUAAGCCAGUAACUUGUCAGGGACCCUCCUGGAAGGAAAUCUCGACACCUGGGAGGGAUGUCCUCAAGGCAUGCAUGCAGAUGGAACCACAGCUGCGACCCACCGCCGAGGAUCUAUUGGGACAGCGCUGGUUUCGGGAAGGAAUAGGAGGUUGCGCCGGUGGCUAG